GGGUUCUGUGUGAUCUAUUUGCCCCACCCCACCUCUUCAGAGCUGCUAGUCUCAAUGUCUAAUUCCUGGAGAAAACGGGGAAAGAGCCUGAAAAAAAUAUAUAUUUGCGUCUCGACUCAACCUCGACUCGCCGAAGAAGCACGUCUCUUACGUGGUGGAAUGUGUUGUCCCAAACGGCGUUAUAUUCAUGAACGUACAUGCACAUGUGUGUACCCACCGCUCGCAUUCUAAAGGACUACAAAGCUAAGGCUUGACAGCGGGGUUAUACCAACAAGAAACGAGAAAAUAUCCAAGGAUUCGCAUUAUUUUGCUAUUGGUAGACAAAUUGAAUUCUGUUUGAAACUUGUCUUGUGAAUAUUCGAUGUAUAAUUGGUGUGUGGAGAUCCGUAUUACACCAACAAAAGGAGAGGCAGAGAAGGCCUUAGGCUUGGGGAAAACCAGCAAGGAACUGCUAUCGCAGAAACGAGGAAUAAGAAGGAAUUUCUGAAUUUGUUCAGCACGGGCCAUCGGAAUCGCAUUUCUGACUACACUGUGUUUUCAAGCAUUUGAAUAGCCUGUGACAUGAAGCGAAAAAAUGGAUACGCUGAAAACAAUAUAGCCUACGCAUAGCCUUCAUUUAGUAGCGUAGAGUGCCAAUGUUGUUACACACUACGCUUGUUCGUAUCUGCAUGGAGGAUUGCUGACACAUCGAAGAAACACGGCCUAAUGAAUUGAAAUGCUUUUUAUUAAACCCCACUGGUCUUCUGCACCAAGAGCAUACUCGACUAGGAAUAAAAUCCAGUUGGGAUUGCAGUCAUAUGCUUCAUUUACUGCUAACCAAUCCGUGGAAUUAAGUAUUUUUUCCAUUUCAGUGCUGAAGUAAAGAAGACUGAAGUCACGGAUACUUGUUUUGACUGUGGUUUAUAGCUUUAUAUCAAGAAAGCUGUGAUCAUUCACCGAACAUCUGAGGGCCGCACUGUUGUCGUCAUCAGCAGUAGGCUAUCCUGCUCUCCUAGCAGAGCCAGCAGCACUACUGAAAAGACGCAGGAUGUACACUACGUAAAAUAGAAACUGCACAAUCACGUAUCUAAUCAGGCCGUAUAGUUUUAUGCUUCACUGGUGUAUUUUUACAAACUGUUUAAAUGUCGCAAAUGUAUUCGACUAUUUAGUGGGUCAAACAAGGGAGAUAGUAAAGGGUGAUUAAUUAUUUAUUUUUAACAUUCCCCCUCCCCUGGACGCUUUUCGUGUGGGAAGAUGGGCUGUUUGGGGAAUAGUAAGACAGAGGACCAACGAAAUGACGAGAAACAACAAAGAGAAGCUAACAAAAAAAUUGAUAAACAAUUACAGAAAGACAAACAGAUAUACAGAGCAACACAUCGGCUUCUACUUUUGGGUGCUGGUGAGUCUGGGAAGAGCACCAUUGUAAAGCAGAUGCGAAUCCUUCAUGUCAAUGGAUUCAAUGCAGAGGAGAAAAAACAGAAAAUUCAGGACAUCAAGAACAACAUUAAGGAGGCAAUAGAAACUAUAGUGACAGCCAUGGGAACCCUGGCUCCGCCUCUUCAGCUGGCCUGUCCUGCCAGCCAAUGGAGAAUGGAGUAUAUCCUUAACCUAGCAAAUCAGAAAGACUUUGAUUUUCCUUCUGAGUUCUAUGAGCAUGCCAAAUGCCUUUGGCAGGAUGAAGGUGUGAAGGCGUGCUAUGAAAGGUCUAACGAGUACCAGCUCAUAGACUGUGCCCAGUACUUUUUAGACAAGAUAGACAUUGUAAAGCAGAGUGACUACACGCCUUCUGAUCAGGACUUGCUCAGAUGCAGAGUUCUAACCUCUGGGAUCUUCGAGACAAGAUUCCAAGUGGACAAAGUAAAUUUCCAUAUGUUUGAUGUUGGAGGACAGAGAGACGAGCGGAGAAAAUGGAUCCAGUGCUUCAAUGAUGUAACAGCGAUCAUCUUCGUGGUGGCCAGUAGCAGUUAUAAUAUGGUGGUCAGAGAGGACAAUCAGACCAACCGCUUACAGGAAGCAUUGAAUCUCUUUAAAAACAUCUGGAACAAUAGAUGGUUGCGGACAAUCUCAGUCAUCCUGUUUCUCAACAAACAAGAUCUACUGGCUGAGAAGGUUCUGGCAGGGAAGUCUAAAAUUGAGGAGUACUUCCCUGAGUUUGCACGCUACACCACACCAGAUGACGCAACCCCAGAGUCAGGCGAACAUCCACGGGUCACCAGAGCUAAGUAUUUCAUCAGAGACGAGUUUCUGCGGAUCAGCACAGCCAGCGGAGAUGGCCGCCACUACUGCUACCCUCACUUCACCUGUGCCGUGGACACUGAGAACAUACGCCGCGUCUUCAACGACUGCCGGGAUAUCAUCCAGAGGAUGCAUCUCCGUCAGUACGAACUCUUGUGAUUGAAGGAGAGCGAUGAACUCAGAUAGAUACGAGCUGUUGGGAUUGGAGCAGGAGAGCAAAACUCCAUCAGCAUGAGCUGUCGCUGUUAAGAGGGAGGGAAGUGAGAGCUGACGGGAUUGGAGGAAGAAAAGAGGAGUGACUGUGAAAAAGCUCUCACGACGGGGGGGG